CCUGCCGAGACCCGACGAGAUCCUAGCUCAUCAAAUUGAGAAGCCUGCACAUCCACAUCGAGCUGACAUUCGCUUGACUCGGGGCUUCUUCCAAGGGUGUCAUACGUGUUCCGCAGCGUGGACCCUCUUCGGAGUCCUGUCAAACUGCGAAUUCGACUUCGAUGAGAUUGGAAGUCGGCCGGCUUCAUGGGAGCAUGAUUGAUUGACUGUUCUAUUCGACAGGAGCUGACGAUCAGAUAGACGCACAGACAGAGAGACAAAGCAUUCGCGUUGCGCGAGUCGGAGGGAGGGAGGGAGGGCAGAUUGGGUUUGACCCAAUGCCGGGCGUUCCGUUCGUUCAGUGGGUGAUGGACCGGGAGUCGCCACGGGGAAAGCACAAAGGGAUGAAGUCGUAUGCUCUCAAGCGCCUGAAGUCGGUAAUCUUAGACUAUCGUGUGAAGACGGCGGCGACUGCGCUAGCCGCAGCAGCGCCUCGAGGGCUGAGGGAAAUGAGAAACGUGUGGGCUCUGAAGUUCACGGAGGAUGAGAUCGAGUGCCACUUUAGCGGGCAGCACAUGAAUGUGAAUUUGGGUUCUGCAGUGCGGCGGAUUGUGGCGGGGGACUGGACGGCGAGCGACUUUCCUCCCAUGAAUGUGGUGGCAAUCGGCGGAUCUCUGUGGUGUCUGGACAAUCGGCGCCUCUGGGUUUUCAGGAAAGCAGUUCUCCAGAUGGUGCCGGUGAUCAUCCUCUCGGACCCCAGAGAUCCCCAGGUCCAGAGCUUCGUUGCGAGGGCCACCAAAUCCGCCAUGGAACGCUGGGAAGCUGACAAUUUCGAGCCGAAGGUGCGCGGCCGCGUUCACGAUUUCGCUGUGUGUGCGGAUGAUCCUGCCGCCGCCGCCGCCGCCGCCGCAGCUCAGGAUCCAGGUCUCGAUGCUAGCCAGCAACCUGGCCCGAGCUCUGGAACUGCGCUGUGUCCGACUACCGACGGUCUCAGCGGAUCAAAAGUGGCGUGCUUUUGUAUCGGCCUCUUGGUGUUGAUUGCUGUCCUCCUCCACUCACCCAACUGCCGGUAGCUUUGACAUGUCCUCGUAUGCACCCGCAACCUGCAAGUAAUCGAGAGCCUGUGUGCAUCCUGGAUUUCAUCUGCUGCCUGCCGACAGGCAGUCGCACGCUGCCACCAGAGGCCUAUCUUCGACUCGUGCGUUGUUUUGAAUGAAUUCUCACAUUCAGAUCCAUUUUUAUAAGGCAAGCAGAAGCGCGAGCCAUCACCGUGCACUGUAGUGUGUGCUCCUGCAUCCUCGGUUCAAGAUUCGUGUCACAUUAGUACUCGAAGGUAGAUAGCAAGUAGGAGUAGGGAACGUCGCACAAUCCUCAUAUUCACGAUGGAAGUGCCUGGGUCUGUAAAAAUGAUGGACUUCGUAAAAGUCCGAAUUCCCGGUGGGCGCGCAUUACCAAUUUCAAUUCAAGCCAGGAUCAUCUGCAAGUGAACAGGAGAAGUCCCCGGCCGUCUAUUCGUAUUGUAUCUGAAAGGAGACUAGAGCUUCGUCGAUGGCCACGACGUCAGUCAGUCCAACGAUCAAGAGUGCAGGAGACAAAAAGUGAAGUGGCCCGUCUCACAACCUGCAAGCCUUAAUGGUGUAGUAGAACGGAACUAUAGCCGAUUCCAACCUGCUCCGACAGUUACAUUGAGCAUCAACACAAAUAUUUCCAGUGAAGGAAGUGGUAGCUGUCUGUAUGCACCUCACCAUUACACGGAUAUAUAUACUUGCAG